CCUUUUGAACUGAGGCGACAGGGCCAGACGUCUGUCGGGUCGAGAGGACAAGGGCAAGCGUGAGAGGCCAACAGCAUCUCUGAGGAAAGCUAUUCAGGAAACUUUGCCAUAAUUAACUUCAACACGAAAAGUAAACGAAUUUAAAGAAAAAAAGAACCGCGCAAAAAUGAUGACCCAAAUGGAUACCACGGUGCACUAUGAUAAUGGCUACGAGGACGAGUACAUGAUGCAGGAGGAUGAAUGGGACAGGGAUAUGCUUCUCGACCCUGCCUGGGAACAACAGCAAAGAAAAACUUUUACAGCUUGGUGCAACUCCCACUUGAGAAAAGCCGGCACACAGAUUGAAAAUAUCGAGGACGACCUCAGAAAUGGUCUGAAGCUCAUGCUCCUUUUGGAAGUCAUCUCAGGUGAAAGGUUACCCAAACCCGACAGAGGGAAGAUGCGGUUUCAUAAAAUUGCUAAUGUAAACAAAGCAUUGGAUUUCAUUACAAGCAAAGGUGUCAAACUGGUCUCUAUUGGAGCUGAAGAGAUUGUUGAUGGAAAUGUAAAAAUGACACUUGGAAUGAUCUGGACCAUCAUCCUCCGCUUUGCCAUUCAGGACAUCUCUGUGGAAGAAACAUCUGCAAAGGAAGGUCUUCUCUUGUGGUGUCAGAGAAAGACUGCCCCCUACAGGAAUGUCAAUGUCCAAAACUUCCAUGUCAGCUGGAAGGACGGCCUGGCUUUCUGCGCCCUGAUUCACAGACACAGACCCGACCUCAUCGACUACUCUAAGCUCAACAAGGAUGAUCCUCUGGGGAACCUAAACCUGGCUUUUGACAUUGCUGAGAAACACCUGGACAUUCCCAAAAUGCUGGAUGCAGAAGAUAUUAUCAAUACCCCUAAGCCUGAUGAGAGAGCCAUCAUGACCUAUGUUUCCUGCUUUUACCAUGCGUUUGCUGGAGCUGAACAGGCAGAAACUGCUGCCAACAGGAUUUGUAAAGUGCUGGGAGUAAACCAGGAGAAUGAAAAAAUGAUGGAGGAAUAUGAGAGACUGGCCAGUGAGCUGCUGGAGUGGAUCCGCCGCACCACUCCCUGGCUCGAGAAUAGGACCCCAGAGAAGACCAUGUCUGAGAUGCAGAGGAAGCUGGAGGACUUCAGGGACUACAGACGCCAGCACAAGCCCCCCAAGGUCCAGGAGAAGUGCCAGCUGGAAAUUAACUUCAACACCCUGCAAACAAAGCUACGCAUCAGUAACCGCCCUGCCUUCAUGCCCUCUGAAGGGAAGUUGGUGUCUGAUAUAGCCAGCGCUUGGCAGGGUCUGGAGCAGGCGGAGAAAGGUUAUGAAGAGUGGCUUCUAACUGAGAUUCGAAGGUUGGAAAGGCUGGACCACCUGGCUGAGAAGUUUCGUCAAAAAGCUACAAACCAUGAGAACUGGGCCACUGGUAAGGAGCUGGUCCUCUCACAAAAGGACUAUGAAACAGCCACUCUGACAGAAGUGAGAGCCCUGCUUCGCAAACAUGAGGCUUUUGAAAGUGAUUUAGCCGCCCACCAGGACAGAGUGGAGCAGAUUGCCGCCAUUGCCCAGGAACUUAAUGAGCUUGAUUACCAUGAUGUGGCUGCAGUGAACCAGCGCUGUCAAAGUAUUUGUGAUUUGUGGGACAGACUGGGAACACUGACUCAGAAGAGAAGAGAGUCACUUGAGCGCACAGAGAAGCUGCUAGAGACGAUUGAUCAACUGUUCCUGGAGUUUGCCAAGAGGUCAGCCCCGUUUAAUAACUGGAUGGAGGGAGCCAUGGAGGACCUGCAGGAUAUGUUUAUAGUCCAUACUGUUGAAGAGGUCCAGAGCCUAAUUGCAGCUCAUGAGCAGUUUAAAGCCACUUUACCUGAAGCUGAUGCAGAAAGGCAGGCCAUUUUAGGAAUCCACAAUGAGGUGCAGAAAAUUUCCCAAAGCUACGGGAUCAAGGCUGCUCUGGUCAAUCCCUACAGCGCCAUCACAACUGAAGAACUGCUUGAUAAAUGGGACAAGGUGAAAAAGCUGGUCCCUCAAAGAGACAGUGCCCUCCAGGAGGAGAUGGCGCGCCAGCAUGCCCAUGAAAGGCUGAGACGUCAGUUUGCUGCCCAGGCUAAUCUCAUUGCUCCUUGGAUACAGACCAGAAUGGAAGAAAUUGGACGCUGCUCACUGGAGAUAGGUGGCACCCUUGAAGACCAGAUGACCCAACUGAAACAGUGUGAGCAUGUGAUAGUAGCUUACAAACCCAACAUCGAUAAGUUGGAAGGAGACCACCAACUCAUCCAAGAGUCACUGGUGUUUGACAACAAACACACAAAUUACACUAUGGAGCACAUUCGUGUUGGAUGGGAACUACUCCUUACCACAAUUGCUCGUACCAUUAAUGAGAUUGAAACCCAGAUCCUGACACGUGAUGCAAAGGGCAUCAGUCAGCAGCAGAUGAAUGAGUUUAGAUCUUCUUUUAACCACUUUGACCGGAAGAAAAAUGGUGCAAUGGAAACAGAUGACUUCCGAGCUUGUUUGAUCUCAAUGGGUUAUGACUUGGGAGAGGUAGAAUUUGCCCGUAUAAUGCUGCUUGUCGACCCUAAUGGCACUGGAAUCGUGUCCUUCCAGUCCUUCAUUGACUUUAUGACCAGAGAGACUGCGGACACAGACACUGCUGAGCAGGUUGUGGCAUCCUUCCGCAUCCUGGCAGCUGACAAGCCCUACAUUCUUGUAGAAGAGCUGAGAAGGGAGCUCCCUCCGGAGCAGGCAGAGUACUGCAUCAUGAGGAUGCCACCAUACAAAGGCCAUGGAGCACCACCAGGCGCGCUAGACUACACAGCCUUCUCCACCGCCCUCUAUGGCGAGAGUGACCUUUAACCUUAGGGCCCCUCUUUCUCCAUCCUAUUAUUAACCCAGUCCUCCGUAACAUGGGGUUUUAUUAUUGAUAAUGCAACCAUGAUCAAUUUUCUCUGUGCUAGUUCCAGACUGCCUUCUAUUAGAAAUGUUGUUUAAUUGUUUGUCCACAUUCAUGCUGUGCAUUGUUCUAUGUGUACUAUGCAUUUUCUGUCAUAAUUGGUGUAAUAAAGAUCCCAUCAUUGAGAAUCAAAAUAAAGUGAAAGACACAAUGAUACCUUUUAUAACUAAAUUAAAAACAAAGCACAAUAUUGUUUUCUUACAAAGGAAAUUUUGCUUACACAAUCAAUUAAUAUUGCUUGUAACAUACGUAAAUUAUGAUUCUUCAUUUGCCUGACUGCAAACAAACUGCAGUCCAGUUUUUGUAUCUAUUGAAAUUGCUGUAUUUGCAUUUUGCAUUGGUUACUUGAGUCUAAAUUGUCUCAUGUGUAAUGGCCUUCAUAAUCAUAAUAAAACAUUGUAUUAUUAAACAUGCUGAUUUAAG